CUCUAGCAUUCCACUUCGGAAGUAGGUCACCGUUUUACCAUGUCUCAGCUCUAUUGGGUGCUCGUUAUAUUUCUCAAUUACACGUCGACACUGUUCAUCAUUUAUAAAAAGGUGUAAUUUGAAGUAAGAGUGGACUCAAAUCGACCAUCUAUCGUGACCUAAGGGUCUGUAUGAAGGGAUGUGAUGACCCAUGCACGACAGAAGGACUCUCUGAGCAGAUACCAUCCCGGUAACUCCUGGGAACAGGUAGGGGGGGUGCCACAUGCUGAGGCCAUGGUGGGGGGAGCCUGGCCUGAUCGCCCAAAACUAAAAAGAGGGAGGCCCAAGAAGAUCAAGAGGGGCAGAGCGAAAGAGCGCAAGGAUCUGAGAGUGGUGGAGAAGAAGGAGGAGAAGGACAGGAAGCUGUACCCUCUCAGGGCCAGGACACUGGAUCAAUGUGAGGGGGACACCUUUGACUGUCGCGUCCUUCUCACCCGUCUGGAGGAGAGUGGUGAUGAGGACAAGGCGAGCUGCUUGAAGGGUCGAAUAGAGACCAAAGAGGAAGGGAGCCAUAACCUGGUGUGUGGAAGGACCAAGCCCUGCAAGUCUAGACAAAAGACCUUCAAAGCUUAUCGGAAAUUGACGGAAUUAAACAAAGCAAUCAAAAGUGUUAUGCACAUUACCUGUCAUGGACCCUCGCAAACGGAGGCUGGCCUCUCUGAAUGCGGAGGCUGUGAAUAGUCUGCUCUUAUAUAGAGAAUAUCCUCAAGGGACCAGACUCACAAAGAAGCUACAGUCCAAUGGGAAUCUGGCAAAAGAUGCGGUAAUUUUGGGACACAACACCCCAAGGGGUCCUAAAGUGGCAAAAUCAGACAUUUAUGUAACUGGAAGUUCCAAACAAAACAAAAAGUCUCUGAAGAUGGAGGACAUGGAUCUGCUGAGUCUGUACGGUCCCACCCCCCGGCGUCAGGCCAGCCUCAACGCUGCUGCUUUGCUCAAAAUCACCAGCACCUCCUUCAAAGCCAAACACCGGGUGGCCAAGACCAACUGCAAGCAACUGAGUGCAGUACUGAGGACCAAACAGUCGCUGCACCCCAAGCUAAAGAAACAACAGUAUCAUAAACUCCAACACGGGAAAUCCCAAACCCAUCCACAGCUGGUUCAGAGAUGCUGUAAUCUCUAUAAGAGGGAGUCAUUCCACCCCGAACCCCAGUGGGAGGGGAUUACAGGGGGGAACAGCUCCAUCAGAUCUGGCUUCCAGUGUCGAGCCUUGCUGGGCUACCCGAUGAAGUCUGUGAAGGAGGAACAGGUCGAGGAACAGGUCGAGACGCAGUUGACUCCUUCUUUCUACUGCUGCUCCCAAGAAAGGUCAGUGGAGUAUUGCCACCAACUGGCCCUGUUCCUCAACCAGAAAAGCUUCGGUGAAGACAAACUUGAGGAGCAUUCGCUCUCCAAUAGCUACCUCCCCUCUCCCCAUUCCCUGUCCCACCCACGUGCCCUAACCAUAAGCCCCCACCCUUACCCGUGUUUCUCGGGCUACUACGUCCACUUUUGUCACCAUGAAACCUCCUCUACCCUCAUGACCUCCGUGAGCUCCAUCCCCAUGCCCUACCCUCCCUCCUCUGUGGCCCCAAUCACGUUGUGCUCUGGUGAGGUUCAGAGCCCCAAGCUGCUGUCCCCGACAGGCUCUCAACCCUCAGGAAUCGCCCACCCGGUCUACUGCUAUGGAGAAUCCUGCCAAAUCAGUGGAUAUGCAAAUAGAGCAGUACCGACCCUAGCCAGCAGGAGGUGCUGUUAUAAGGCAGGCUGCUCCAGCUGCAGCCACAAGAUAAAGAUGGAAGACUACUCCUCGUCUCUGGAGGACCACAGCUCCUCCUCUGUCCCAGCCUCCCCCGCACCCCGGCCCCUCUCCGGCUGCCCCGCCAGCCCCAGCACUCCCCCAGCUGCCCAAUCAGUGUCCUGCUUUCAGACCUCUCUAUCAGACCCCAGCCAACUGCAGGUCCCGCUGCAGGUGGUCCGGGAGUGCCCUCAGAGUGCCAAGCCACCGAGCGGCUCUCUGUCUGGGGUGAGCAGCGGCUCGUGGUCCGUCUGCCCCCACAUUCAAGACAAGCAGCAGCUGGGGCCCGCCGGCCUCGCAGCCUGCAGAGCUGCCAAGCAGCAGAGGAUCACCCGUCGCCGGGCAACCAAUGGUUGGCUGCCCGUGGGCGUGCCCUUCGAGGGGGAGGUUUUCACUGUGGGGGAAGAGACAACAGUGUUGCGCAAAUGUUUUGAAGGGGUCAAGCGGGAUGGGGAGAUCAUUUGGGUUCGAGACACAGUCCUGUUGCGCUCUGGCUCCAGGAAGAAGUCUCUGCCCUACAUAGCCAAAAUCUCAGCCCUAUGGGAGGACUCAGAAUCCGGAGAGAUGAUGAUGAGUCUGUUUUGGUACUACCGCCCAGAACACACACAGGGAGGCCGCAAUCCCAGCACACACUGUGAGAAUGAGAUUUUUGCAUCUCGGCAUCAGGACCAGAACAGUGUGGCCUGCAUUGAAGACAAGUGCUACGUUUUGACGUUAGCACAGUACUGUAGAUUUUGUGCCUUCGUGAAAUGUCGCGGGGAGGGUCUCCCUGAAAGUGCCACCAGAAUGGUACCGCCUUGUGUUGAAUACAGCACCUCUGCCCACCGCUGUGUGCCCACGGACAUCGACCCCAACCUGGUGUUCGUCUGUCGCCACGUCUACGACUUCCGCUACGGGCGCAUCCUGAAGAACCUGCAGUAGCACUUGUGAGGACAGUGGUAGAUGGAAGGAAUAUUAAACAGUGAAAGAAGAGGUUAAAAAGACACUAUUUAGUUUUUUCCUCAGAAUCCUCACCAAAAGCGCCAGUUGAGACAGACCAAGCCACUCUGUUUUGAGAGGGGCGUGAGAUGUCAACAGUUUUAGGCUGAGUAAGUCUCGAUGUCUGGAAGUGUUUUUGCUCAAUGUCUCUCUAUCUCUCUCUCGCGCAAAUCCUGUGGGUCACACUUGGUCAAUGAGGAAAUGUUUUUUAUCAUCACAAGUACAAAUCCACUUUUUUGUUUUUACUACUUUGCCAAAUUAUGAUUUUAUUUUUGCAUCAUCCCAUUCCUUUGCCUAUAUAUAUGUGGGUUAUAUGUAUAUAUGUGAGUUAAGACUUGUUUUGGAUUUAAUGGGAUGACUCAUAAAUUAAAUGAGGGCUUAACACUUUUAUCUGUAAUGAUUUAGUCUUGAAUUUAAAGUUUAAUGGGCUUAAGUGCAUAGAGAAAUAUGUAUUUAUAUAUGGAGAAAAUCUAAUUUAUUUUUUAAGUAAUUUAAGAGUGAAUUAUUUUCACUUUUCAAAGCGAGAAAUUAUCCAGGCGUUUGCCAACACUGACUCACUGUCUGCACUGUCUUAGAGGUGAAGUACCUGUGAAUCCCAAACCAGCCCCUCUCCCCUACCAACUCACUCAGAGGUGCCCUUCGUUGUCACGUCCUCCGUUGUCACGUGCUGCUCAAGAAAUUCCUAGGGGGACUUCUAGAGUGGAGAGGUGAUCAAAUAAACCCAUCAACUUUGGUACACACUUGUGACUUGAAUUGUGCAAUUCAUGUUUCACAUUUAAAUAAUUAUUUAAAUAAUUAUAUAAGCAGGAAAUUCUAAUUAACAAAUUCCCCUUGUCGUCUUAGAAGAUAUAAACCUCAGUAACAGUUAACAGAUUACAUUUAAUUUGUGAGGUAAUUUAUUUGGUAUUUGCUCAAAAUCAGACACAUAUGAAUGCAUAUUGCGCAAACUCCAAACAUAUUGCGCUGUGUGUUGGGAUAGCACUUCGCUCUGGAGCCGGCAGCCUUGCUGGCUCGGUCAAAGUGGCUAUCACUUUGAUCAUUUUAACUCCCUCAGUUUUUGGACAUGUGUGCAUAUGGCGGAGGCGUGCAUGAAUGUGCAAAUGGAGGGCAGAAAGGAAGGGACUGUUUUUUUAGAUUCAGCAUAUGAAUGACCUGUGACUCUUAACUGGAAGGGCCACCACCAAGAUAAUGUUUUUUCCCUACUACCCUGCCUUGAAUUGACCAAUGAACAAGUGUUCUGCCGUUCUGCCCUUGAGCAAGGUAGUUAAGGUCAAUUCUGUUAAUUGAUAACAAAUGGAUUUACCAAAAAGGGAAUAGAAGGAGUGUAAAUUGUCACAUUCAACUCAUUCCCCGGUGUAGAAUACUCUGAAUUUCAAUUUUCUUAUGUGCAUACGUUACAAAUUUUAGCAUGGAGUUUCUGUGAAUUCUUGGAAAGGAUAUUCAUAGCACAGAGUGUUUGUAUCAUUUAACAUGGACCUGUGUAAUAUAAAACAAUAUUUAAAUGGAAUAAAUAAUAUAUGAUUUUGAA